GCCGGAGGCUGUUCACUCAGGAACCGCACAUCCCGGGUGAACUCACCGGCUGCAGGAAGCGCUGACACUGCGGCUGUACGGCCACAACGAGGCUUGAAUCGCAGCCGCUGGAAUCCGGAAGUCAUGCGGUGACUGGAGAAGCUGGUGGGAACGAUGGGAGACAGCAGAGAGGAGCCGGACAGGUGGAUGGUGGCCGCGGCCAUGAGCUCCAUCCUGUCCUACGAGAACCUGGUCCAUGCGGUGUCUGGAGCUGUGGGCAGCAUGACUGCUAUGACUGUCUUCUAUCCAUUGGACACGGCUCGCCUUAGAUUGCAAGUGGAUGAGGAGAGAAAGUCGCGCAGUACCCCAGCUGUAUUGAUGGAAAUCAUGAAAGAAGAAGGACUGCUUGCACCAUACCGCGGUUGGUUUCCUGUCAUUUCCAGUCUCUGCUGCUCCAACUUUGUCUAUUUCUACACAUUUAACAGUCUCAAGUCCAUAUGGAUAAAAGGGAAUGUCCCAACCACCAGCAAGGACUUGACUAUUGGCUUCAUUGCUGGAGUAGUUAAUGUCCUGCUCACAACUCCUCUCUGGGUGGUAAAUACAAGACUGAAACUUCAAGGUGCCAAGUUUCGAAAUGAUGAUAUACGACCCACCACAUAUACUGGCAUUGCAGAUGCCUUUCAAAAGAUACUGCAACAGGAGGGAGUGCUGGCACUUUGGAAUGGUACAUUGCCUUCUCUGCUUUUGGUUUUUAACCCUGCCAUCCAGUUCAUGUUCUAUGAAGGAUUAAAGCGGCAGCUCCUGAGGCAGCAGGCAGAACUUACGUCUUUUCAAGUCUUUGUUAUUGGAGCUAUUGCCAAAGCUAUUGCCACAACAGUCACCUAUCCUUUACAAACUGUGCAGUCGGUACUGCGGUUUGGCCGCGAGAAACUUAACCCAGAGAAACGGACCUUAGGAAGUUUGUUCAGUGUCAUUCACCUCCUCAGGCAGCGGAUUAGGCGUUUAGGCUUUUUGGGUCUUUACAAAGGUCUGGAAGCAAAGCUCCUUCAGACUGUCCUAACAGCUGCCCUUAUGUUCCUUGUAUAUGAGAAGCUGUCCACCAUGACAUUCCGACUUAUGGGUCUAAAAGGUCACUAAGAGCCAAAAUUUGUAAUCAGAAGCUGUUCCUACCUCUUCUCAGACGAUCGGUUUACAUGCUGAACACUACAAGUAUAAGUGUUUUCUUAAUUAUAAAGAAAAAUGUUUUUAAAUUAUAUUAUAUGAUUCUUCUUUUGUUCUGAUUCUGUUUCUUUCACUGUACAAACCAAGGCUACAUGCACAAGGUGGUAUUGUGCUUCAAUACUUCUAAGGCAAAACUAUGAGUGUGUCCGAAGGAAGAGGCGCAAUUAUUUCUAUUGUAGUUUUUCUUUUUGAAGGUUCCAGUUUUAGUGGAUUAUACUAAAAUAAUACAAAUGUAAUAUAAACAGUAAUCUUUUUAUGCGAUAAAAAAAGUGCAAAAAUAAAAAUACUUAUUAGGUGUCUACAUGACCAUAAUAACUUGAAUGGGCACCGUCAGAAUCAAAACAUUUUAUAUGCUGUAUAGGUUAUAUUUUUUAUCUCCUUUUUAUAGACAUCAUGGCUUUUAAAAAAAAAGUAAUAAGAAAAUAAUCUUGUUCAACUGCAGCAUCAACGUUGUCCCAGUUGAAAAACAGGCUGGGACAAAGUCCAAGAAGUGAGGGCGAGACUAGUAUUCUUCCGUGCUCACUCCUGUCCUAUUAGACUGCAGCAACAGAGAGGAGGGGAUUACAGAGCAGCCUGCAGUGAUUGGAUGAAGAGGCACCGCACAGCAGACUCAGGGAGAAAGUGAACACAUGGUGAGGGCGGGCUCAGUUCUUGCCUCUGACACAUCCCUUCCUGAACAGUGGAUGUCAGCAUGAGUGAGCAGCAGAACAGAGGGAUUUGUGAGAUAAAUACAAAAGCUAGACACAUAAAAAAAGAUACUAUAACAAUAUUCUAUAAGGUACACCGCAAUUCACAAGUACUCAAAAAAAGUAUGAAAAAAAUAAUGACUUCAUUUUAGCCUCAUUUAGCCACCGUAAUUGGAAAAAAGUUGCUGAAAUGUGGAGAGAUGAAAAUGUAAAAACUCAGAUAUACAUUAACCCCUUAACGACUAGCGCCGUAAAUGUACGUCCUGGUGAGGUGGUACUUAACGCACCAGGACGUACAUUUACGUCCUAAGCAUAACCGCGAGCAUCAGAGCAAUGCCCGGAUCAUGCGCGGCAGGUCCCGGCUGCUGAUCGCAGCCAGGGACCCGCCCGUAAUGGCGGACACCCGCGGAUGUCCGCCAUUAACCCCUCAGAUGCCGUGAUCAAUACAGAUCACGGCAUCUGCAGCAUUGCGGACACUAAAAUGAAUGAUCG